CGUAUUCGGAAACGGGGAAUGCCUGUUAUCUUAACCAGGUUACAGAAUCCGAGUCUAAAUUUGCAUUUUUUUUUCUUUUUUUAUGAAGGCCCAUAAAUCUGAUUAUUACAGAUUUUUUUUUGUUCUCACUCGAAUGCGCCUGAAAUAAUCGCGGCGUUCAGGCCAAUUACAAAAAAAUAUUUUGUGUAAAUGAAUAGAUAUUGAUGAACAGACAUGAUAAAGGUGUGUAAAAAGCGAGCAGAGCUGGUUGGCAGGCUGAGGGCCGGUGAAUGGAGGUCACCGCAGACACUGAGUGAGUCUCGGCGGUGAGACACGGAGAGGGAGAGGGAGGACGGACAGCGGCCAGCCGCCUUCAAAAAUGGCGUCUCCGGAGGAAAAUGAGUAAAAAAUAUUAAAACGCGGCCUGCUUUCUUUACACUUCCUCGUUUGGUUUGCGCAUUUUGCUUGGCUAUUUUUCCUUCUCCGCUGACAGCAGCCUCGUCGUCGCUUUUACGUGAAUGGCUAAAAGAGAAACGGAGGCAUUUGGGGAAAUUAAAGCAGCCCUGUUUUAUUUUGAUGCGUCGUUACUGACAGCUAGCAUCUGCUGCUAGCACACAGCUCCGCUCCGCUCCGGAGGGGGGUGGGAACGAUUUGCAUGCAAAGAGAGAGAAAAAAAGAGAUUUUGAAAUUGGGGAUUUCUUAGCUCGUCUGCGGGGGAAUGAUUGCUACCAACGUGGCCUGUCGAUUGCAAUCUUUUUUCUGGCGCUAGCAGCGUAGCCAAAAACUAGCCUAAAGAAAGGGGAGGAGGGACGGUGAAAAGGGACGCAUUCAAGUCAAAUGUUUGUCAGCAAUUCAGCCAUCACCGGCCAAAUCCGCGGCAUCUUCAUCAUGACUGAUUUGACCCUAAACCCGCAUUCGAGGAAAUGAUAAAGGUGAAAGGCGAAGGAAAAGGAGAAAGACUGGCUUUUUUUGGAGGUGGUUGGAUUAUAACCCCGUAGACCCCCCUCUUUUUUCAUCCAGCUUUCUCCUCCUCCCCUCCAUUUCUCUUUCAAUAUGCUGUUUUCCACUCCUGAGGACUUGCUUAUGAAACCGGGGAAAAUAGCCUGAAAACGACAACGGGAAAGACUGGAUUUUUUUCUCCGUAAUCUGCCCUGCGACGUCCUCGUUGCUUUCAUCCUCAUCACACAACACUGUACAAGGCAUAAAUGGAUAGAAAUUACCCGGGAACAGGAUUUGGCGAUUUGGGCGCAGGAGCAGGAUGGAGUUACGAGAGAUCGGCAAAAGCAAGUCUUGUAUAUGGGAGUUCUAGAUCAUCCCACCCGGAGUCUGAGCUCCUUCACAGACAAGCCUACGCCACCCCACACCCUCUGCAGGGCUAUGCCACCAAUCAUCACCCAGGGAGCUCUGGCCAAGGCGGGGCUUGGGGAGCAGCUGGACGGAGUUUGGGUCUGUCGGGGCUGUUUGACACCGGCCUGCACCAUGCCACCCCCUCUGCUCCGGAUGCCUCUGUGAUGAAUCUGAUCUCAGCCCUGGAGUCCCGGGGUCCCCAACCUCCACCCUCUGCCUCCUCCCUUCUAUCCCAGUUCCGUACACCAUCCUGGCAGACAGCAAUGCACACGCCUGCUCCUCCUGAACUAUUCAUCUCUGGAGCCCUUCCUGGCUCUGGCUCCUUCCCUUCCUCCUCCGCUCUGUCAGCUUAUCAACAUCCAGCGUCCUUCUCCAGCCGCUCCUUCCCUACCGCCUCCCUCUCCCUCCAGGACACACCAACGUUUAGUCCCACAUCCAAUGGCCUGCUCUCCCCACAUGACCCCCUAAUACACAUCAAAGCCCCUUCCCAGUCAAGUCUGGGUUUUGAUAGACUCCUGUCCUCACAGGGUGCUGCUGCAGCUGCCUACAGGGGCAGCCAGGAUCCCACGGGUGCCACAUCAGCACAGGCGUCCUCUGCCAGACACCUGCAGUCACACCAGUUCAACCUGCUGUCAUCACAGCUACAGGAUCAGUCCUCCCAACUCUACAAUCCAUCAGUAUUUUCCUCAGCCCAGCCCCAGCCUCAGUCCCAGUCCCAGUCUAACUCGGCCCAGGAGAGGGCCGUGCCCCGCCAGGACAGCGUCAUCAAGCACUACCAGCGGCCCACUCCUGCUCAGUCGCAGCUCUCGUCUUCUGCCGCCCACUCUCUGCAGCACUACCUCAGCUGUGGAGGGGCGGGCUACCAGCAGAUUGCUACACACCACAGGCAUGCUGGACUUUCUUGCAGCCCAUUGGGUGACCAGAGCCCCUCGUCUGAUCACAAGCCCAGCUCUCGUACCGAGCAGUAUCGACCAAUCAUUCAGCCUCCCUAUUCCUCAUCCUCUUCUUCGUCAUCAUCUUCCUCAGCUGGGAAAGGUACCAAAAGCAGCUCCAGCAGUGGCUAUUCUUCUGGCAGUUCGGCAUCCUCCUCAAGAACUCCUCACACUCCCCCAUCUGCUUCCUCUACCUCCUCCUCUUCCUCCUCUUCGUCUGCCACUUCAGGGGCACAUCCUUCCAACUCAAUUCCCACCUCCAGCUCAAGUGCAGCCCCUUCCAGGCAGCAGCCACCUCCUCAGCCAGCUCCGCCUCCCCCAGCCCCUCAGCAGCAGCCUCCUGCCACAUCUACUUCAGCUCCCCAGUCUCUCCCCAAAUCCUGCCUCUCUGGCUAUGGUUCUCCUGUUCCCCCAGUGAAGACUCCCACCUCUGCUCUUACUGGUCAGACCCCACCCCAACAACAGACGCAGUCAUAUUCGCCAAAUCAACCGCCUCCAUCCCAUCUGGCUCAGUCCUACGGAGGCUUUAGUUCACCACAAGCCCAAGACCUGAGUUCAGGUACAGGCGGGAAAGGCUAUGGAAGUUUAGGAGGGCGAAGCCAGUCAUACUCCACUGAUAUAUAUGGAUCUGACUCUGCUUAUGGAUCACUUCCAUCCUCUCUUGGUGGAGCUGGAAGCCCAUCAUUAGGGUAUGGAGCCCCAGGUCACUCACCAGCUCUUUUAAGAUCCAGUGGUUCUUCAGGUAGUGGAGCAUCUGGGGGAGGAAGCAGUGGCGGCACAGGAAGUGGAAACUCUGGGUCAGGAGGAGGAGCAGGAAAUAGUAUGACAAAUGAGAGAGGUGGAGGAGGUAGUGGUGGAGGAUCUUAUCAUAUUCCUGACUCCAGCCCCUCCCCAUCAGGCAACUCAGGCAUCAUUCGCCCAGGGUUGCACUCCCCGGUGCCCACCUGCCCCACUCAAUCGCCAGGAGGUGCAGGCUCAAAUAAAUAUAUUUCCUCAGUUCUCUCCCCGACUUUUCUAGCUUCACCACAAGGCUUCCCUGACACCAGAGGCCCUGCCUCCCAACCUCAGUCAUAUCAUUCCACCUCGUCUAAAACAAAAACUGACCCUUCUAUGCUAGGAGUGGGAACUCAGAGAUCUCAAGAGGAAGUAGAUGAUGAUGACGAGUUCUUGAUCCAGCAUCUGCUGCAAGCCCAAGCUAGUCCUGCUCCUCAGGCUGCUCAUCAUCAUCCCCAGUCCCAACAAACAUCUCAGCAAACACAGCCACAGCCUCAGUCAGUACCACCAACCACUGACUCAGGCAAAGGGAUGAGCUAUGACAUGAGUAAGACCUCUGAGGAGAGAUACCACCCCCAGAGUGUCAUACGUACUCACAGUGCCACUUCCACUGGUGGAGUAGGAAAUGCAGGUUCUGGAGGGUCUAUUUCAGGGCUGGACACCCAGUUGGAAAUGUCACUAAAGAAACAACAGCAACAACAUCAACAACAACAACAACAUCAUCAUCAACAACAACAACAACAGCAAAGGAAUGAGAGGUCUGUUGGAAGCAGCAGGAGCAGUGGCGGUAGAGGGAGUGCUGAGCAAGUGCACUCCCACCUACAUCACCAUGAUAACCUCGGCUCAGUUGUCCACUAUGGCCGAGGUGACCCAUACACCCAGCACCCCCUUGCUCCCCAACACUCCACACAUAGUCAGCAUGUGUCUUCACACUCACAGAUACCACCCCACACCCAAAUGGAACUCCAAAAGAAACCACAGGAUCGAACGGAAAUCCCUUACCCUCGCAAAACCCCAGAAGUCCAGGCCCAAGCUCCUGCGUCCCUCAUGGACUCUCCCACUGACCAGUCCCGUCAGCCGCCACACCUCCUCCAGUCAGUGCUGUCCCACACCACCCGCAACAAGCUGGAGCCCCAUCCACAGCACCACAAGAUGGACUCCCACCAACAACAUCAACAACCGCACCACAAGAUGGACUCUCAUCGGCAGCACCAACAGCAUCACAAAAUGGACUCCCACCAACCACAUCAGCAACACCCAAAAAUGGACACCCACCCUCAGCAUCAGCAGCACCAGAAGAUGGAUUCCCAUCCACAUCAGCAGCAUCACAAAAUUGAUUCACAUACACAGCAUCAACAGCACCAUAAAAUGGACUCUCUUCCCCAACAGCAGACGCACUCUAUCAGUCAACAACAAGCUGUAAUGGAAAGUGCCGGUGGGAGACUUGGUUCUAGUAAACAUCAGGCUCAGUCUCAGUCCCAGACCACCCAGCUCCAGCUUCAGCUGCAAUCCCAAGCAUUGGAGGUGGCAGCAGCUCACUACAACCAUGGGCCCCCUCCUCAUCAGCACGAGCAGAACCAGGUUAAACAAAGCUCAGUAGUCUCUUCCUUGGACAUGCUCGAGCGUUCUCUUUCUCAGACCUCCAACGCAGAUGUUGGUGUCGCAGAAGACAGACGCGGUGGACCAGGCAGCGCAGGAAGGAGUGGAGGUAGCAGCGAGCGCCACAGACAGCAGCAGCAAGAGCAGCAGAGGCAGCACCCAUCGCACCAUCAGACACAACAAACCCACCACUCGCAGCAACACACAGCUUCUGAACUGCACUCCUUCCUUACUGAGCCCGACAUAGGCUUAUCCAACCCAUCUCACAUGCACCAUCUUUCACAGCACCAUGCGCAGCAGCAACAACAGCAGCACCCAACCUCGCAGCACCAACAAACCCAUUCUCACCACCCUCACAACCAACCCCACCCUCAGCAGCAGCCCCCUCACCCUCAUCACAUACCCCCACCCUCUGCCUCAGCCCACUCCCAGGCUCAGCCGGACCCCCAGCAGCCACUUUCCGCCCAGCUUACCCCUCAACAGAGCCAGAUGGACCAACAGCGCACAGAACAGCACCAGUUUGACACCGUCAGCCCAGUGGAGAAAGCAGAUCAGAAUCAACAAAGUAACAGAUUUGUGCCCCUAACAUCUAUCUGCUUCCCAGACUCCCUUCUUCAGGAUGAGGACCGCUCCUUUUUUCCAGGCAUGGAAGACAUGUUUUGUGCAGAGGAUUACAAAUCGAGUUGUGCUGGUGGUGCAGGGCCAGGGCAAGAGGAGAUGAAUGAAAGCCACACUGGGCAAGAGGGAAUGGAUUCCAUGAAAGCUGGACAGAGUGCAGGUGGAGCAGGAGGAAGUAGUGGACCUGGCUAUGACAUGAUGGGUCACCAUGGUGGAGACCAAGGAUAUGAACCUUACUGUCAUGGCCUGGAAGAACCCAACAACAACACCAUGACUUUAGAUCUGGACUCCCUUAAAACGCACGAGCUUCCUUCCACUGUCAACACUGAACAGCUAGGAUUGAUACAGUCCCAAGGUCCAGCCAUGGGCAUGGGCUCAAACACUGCUGGCCCCAACAACUCUGGAGCUAAACUGUCUGCUGGGCCUGGAGGAACUAGUGCAGGAGCUGGUUCUGGAGGCCUCCAGUCUCCAAUUUUCUGCUCAUCCCGUCCUAAGAAGCUUCUCAAGUCCAGUUCUUUCCACCUGUUAAAGGAGCGCAGGGACCCCAACACACUGCCUAAGAAAAGUUAUGCCCAAGAAUAUGAGUUUGAAGAUGACGAGGAUAAAGCUGACCAGCCAGCUGACAUCCGGUUGAAUAGUCGGAGACUGCCGGACCUAUUACCUGAUCUGGUGUCCAGCUGUAGAAAGGGAGGUGGAGGAAGUGGAUCUCUCAGCCCAUUAAUGGGUGACAUAGAUUUCUACCAUUCAUCUAGCUACUCAUCUAUGGGUUCACAUGCUCUUCUGCCUCCAGAUGGACCCAAGAAGAGAGGCAGAAAGCCCACUAGGCCCAAAAGAGAGGGUCCACCAAGACCAAGAGGCAGACCCCGCAUUCGCCCUAUGCCCGAGCCCUACACUCCACGAGGCAUGAUGGGGGAGAUGGGAGGAACACCUGUAGGAGGGGGAUUCAAUGUGGAGGGACGAGGUAGGGGCAGGGGCCGUGGAAGCCGAGGAAGAGGAGGAAGGAGGGAGGACAUGUACAUUGAAAUGAGCGGGAAGGAGCAGCAAGAUCAGAUGCAUCACCACCAUCUCCAUCAGCAGCAGACACAGCAGCAGCUGCAUCACCAGCCCCAACAGCAGCAACAUGAGCCUAUUCCACCUCUCAAGAUCAAGUUACCAAUUGGUACCCUGUCCUCCUCUGAUGCCCUGCUGAGGACAGACUCUUUGUCUGGCACGGACCCUGCUUUGUCAGACGGCUCGGUUGGCUCAGCUCCCUCACUUGGUUUAAGUCCUGGACCACCCUGCAGCACUGAAAGCAACAGAAGUCAGGACAAGAACAAACAUAAAGGCCAGAUGAUGAGUGAAGGAGUGGACGAAGAGGGGCUGGAGGAAAGGGGGGAUGAAAAGGACUCUGAGUCCAAGGCUGGUUUUGUUGCUUCAUUCUUGGACUUCCUGAAGACGGGGAAGAGACCUCCAGGCUUGGACAUCUCGCCAGGAAUGGAACCGGACAAUGGUGACAUUUCUCCCUGUAAAUCGGGGGGUCUUCGUCCGCUGUCUCCCGCACCUCCUCCUCCCCCGCCUCCCCCUCCGUUUGGGGAUGGUGAAGGGAACGGGGGCCUGGCUCUGGGAAACUGCCCCAGCCCCAAGCGCUUAGAAGAUGAGCUAAAGAGGAAUCUGGAGACUUUGCCGUCUUUCUCUUCAGAUGAGGAGGACUCUGUCGGAAAGAACCAGGACCUCCAGAAGAGCAUCUCCUCCGCCAUCUCUGCUCUUUAUGACACUCCACAGCUAACAUCUAAUAUCCAGGCCCCACUACCUCCUCCACCUCCCCAACCUCAGACUCAGCCUCCUCAGGCCCCUCUUACCCCACCACUGCAGCCCCCGACACUGAGUCCACAGCCUUCCAUGCACACCCCCCACGACCAGCCCCAGUCCAACGAACCAGAUAUCCUUGAGCCAGAAGAUGGAGACAUGGAUGAGAGCAAGGAGGAGGAGAAUGAGGAAGAAAGGAGCACAGGAGGGGAUGAAGAGAGUGAUAUGACGGAGGAGAGAGAACCACAGCUUGAAACCCUGGGGGUCCCUAAGAUUGAUGUCCUUCCAGCUCCUCUCCCUGAGAUUCCCCCAGAGCCGGCAACUCCUGAACCCCCCUCUGUCCCUCCAUCUCCUUCUUCAUCCUCUUCUCCCUCUCAUUCCCCCCUUCCUCCCCUCUCGCUCCCCUCACCCCUGCCUCAACCAGAAGAAGAAGAAGAACAAGAAGAAGAACAACAACAGGAGGAGGAGGAGGAGGAGGAUUCCCAACCUCCCAGCCCCGUCGCUGCCAAAUCCCCUUCCCCACCACCACCAGCACCUACCGCUGUCCCCCAGGCUGCCACUCCUCCCCCUCCGGCCUCCCCUCCUCCCCCUUCUUCAGCUCAGAAGGAGGAGUCUCCCAUGCCGUCUCCGGAGUCCCCCACUUCUCCCGAGGAGGCCCCAGCACCUAAGAUCACCUCGCUGCACCUCGCCCAGAAGCAAGAAGAUGCCGCCAUCGUCGGAGAGAGUGAGGAGGAUGAGAGCGAGAGCGGAGGGGAGGGCAUAUUCAGAGAGAGGGAUGAGUUUGUGGUACGGGUGGAAGACAUUCGGACACUCAAGCUGGCCUUGCAGACAGGCCGUGAGCCUCCACCCAUCUGGAGGGUGCAGAAAGCCCUGCUGCAGAAGUUCAGCCCUGAGAUCAAAGAUGGGCAGAGACAGUUCUGUGCCACAAGCAACUACCUUGGCUACUUUGGAGACGCUAAGAGGCGGUACCAGCGAAUAUAUGUCAAGUUUCUGGAGAAUGUCAACAAGAAGGACUAUGUUAGAGUGUGUUCCCGGAGACCGUGGCGCAGAGCCACACCUGCUCUCAGGCGGCAGUCCCUCCCCAGAAUGGCAUCACCUCCCUCUACUCAGGCACCAGCGAAAGUCCCAGAGAAAGAGGAGAGAGUGGCUCCACCAGUCCAGCGUGAACAGAGGGAGAAAACUAGAACAGCAGCCGCGACAACAAAGGAACAACGAGAGAAGAAAGAGGCCCCAGCUGCUGUGCCCAAAGCCAAGGAGAAGGAGAGGGACCACGAGAAGGAGCGGGAGAAGGAGAAGCGAGUGCAAGCGCAGCAGGAGAAAGCCGAGAAACGCGGCGGAGCGGCGGAAAGGGGGAGAGCGAAGGAAGACAAGAAGGCACUGGAAAGGAAGGAGAAGGAAAAGGCUGAGCGACCACCCAAGUCAAAGCCAGCCAAAGUGAAGGCGGAGCCACCGCCCAAGAAGAGGAAGAAGUGGUUGAAGGAAGUACCUUCAUCGUCUGACUCGGACUCAUCGGAGGAGGGAGCUAGUGAAAAUGAAAUGCCAGUGAAAGGUGGAGUGAACAACCGUGCAAUGAGGGAGAUGUUCAGGAGCUACGUGGAGAUGCUGGUGAGCACAGCGCUGGACCCCGACAUGAUCCAAGCUCUGGAGGACACCGACGAUGAGCUCUACCUGCCCCCGAUGAGGAAGAUCGACAGCAUCCUGAGCGAACAGAAGAGGAGGCUGUUGAGGAGAGUCAGCAUGAGCUCUCAGCAUCAGGAGGUCCUGCAUGCUUACCCCCAGAUCAUCGUAGACCCUCUGGACUCAGGAGUGGUGAGGGUGCGGCUAAGCGGCGACGCUUACAACCGCAAGACCCUCAACAGAGUCAAGAAGACCCUGCCUAAACCACAGGACCUUAAACUGUCAUCCGAGUCGUAUCGGAUCUACAGUCUCUACCAUUCCCUGCAUCACUAUAAGUACCACACCUUCUUACAGUGCAAGAAAGAGACUAACACCAUAGAGCAGGCGGCUGAGGACCCGGGCCAGGAGGAGGUGGUGCAGCAGUGCAUGGCCAACCAGAGCUGGCUGGACACCCUCUUCAGCUCCUUCAUCGACCUGCUCACGCUCAGCACCAAGGCCUGAGCCAGGAGACAGACAGUGAAUCAAAGCGAGAGAGGAUUUAAAAGACUACGAGAAAUUACUAAAACGGAACAAGACGGAUCCUACUGUACAGUCCCCUCAACCCGCUUCAAAUCUCUAAGAUCUGAGGAUGAAUUAAGGCCCUUGAUGAGGGUUCGCUGACAUGACCUCGGACACUGGCCUGUUUUUUUUUUUCUUGUUUCUUUUUUUUUUUUUUUUCUUGUUGUUGAUCAGUGACUAAAGACAUGUCCUACUUUGUGAGAAGGGGACCCCACUGGACUCGGGAGG